GGUUGUGGAGGCAUUCCUAUCCUAUGCAUAUACACAGAUCAUUAAUUGUGGGUUUCCUUUUACUUUUUUUCUUCAAAUUGGAAAUUUAGGGCAUAAAGAUAUAUUACUUCUUUUUUUUUUUUUGAAAUUCUGGAAAGGAAGUAGAUGUGUGAGAGAUUUUUCUCGUUAUGGUAAUGAUAAAGAGGCAAAGCUUCCGAUUGUCAUCGACCCUAAUAUUAUUAUUACCGUACCAUCACCGACACCAACACCGCUUUUGUUUUAGGGGUGGUUGUGGCAGUGGUUUAAUGGCCGCCGCGUUCUCUUUGCUCGUUGGCAACAAAUACAAUGAUCCGUUCCUCCUAUUGCCAAUUUACAAGGCUCAGCCUGCCUCUAACCCUCAUGCAACUUACCCAUCUCAUCCAGGAAACCUUUCGUCCUUGUCAUCGACUGAUUCAAUUACCAAUGUCGGAAGAUGCAUGAAUUGGGGCCUGAAGGCUUGUUCGUUUGACAGUCUUGAAAGGCCUGACAACAACAUUAAUGGUAACAGUGCGCUGCGGAGGGCUCGGGCGUCUACUCCGUGCCUGUCUCACUUACUUCGUGAUUCGGAGAUCGGGCUUGAAGAUAACCGCGAUACUAGAUCGUUCAAUGGUGUUAGUGGUGGUGCUCCUCCUCCUUCUCCUUAUGGUGGCGCAUACUACAGGGGAAGCUCCCUUGGAUUCCCCUCUGACCAUCCUCUGCUCGACAAAAUCGUUGUCGCUGUUGAUGUCGACGAGGUUCUAGGAAGCUUUCUGUCAGCUCUGAAUAAAUUCAUGGCCGAUCGUUACUUGUUGAAUCACUCACUCUCUGAAUAUCAUGUCUAUGAGUUUUUCAAGAUAUGGAACUGUUCCCGUGGUGAAGCUGACAUCCGUGUUCAUGAGUUUUUUAAGACAUCUUAUUUUAGGAUGGGAAUCCAUCCAAUUCCAGGUGCUCAGCAGGCUCUUCAAAACUUAUCAAAAUAUUGUAGUUUGUCCGUAGUGACGUAUGUAUUCUCAGUCACACAGGUUUUUGGCUUAAAUAUUAUUAAACCCAAGCAAUGGAUUUUUGAUCAAUUUGAAUCUAUUCAUCUAUAGGUCACGGCAGAAUGCAAUCAAGGAUCACACAAUUGAGUGGAUUGAGAAGCAUUAUCCCGGACUCUUUCAGGAGAUUCACUUUGGCAAUCACUUUGCUUUAGAUGGACAGUCUAGACCUAAAUCAGACAUUUGCAGGAUCUUGGGAGCAAAAGUUCUGAUAGAUGAUAACCCAAGAUACGCCCUUGAGUGUGCUGAAAUUGGAAUAAGGGUUCUACUUUUCGAUUACGAGAAUUCGUAUCCUUGGUGCAAGGCAGAGUCUAUUAAUCUACACCCCCUGGUCACUAAGGUUCAUGAUUGGGAAGAGGUGGAGCACCAAUUAGUUUCAUGGAUCGUUUCAUGAGUAUUCCAUCCAGUAGGGUAGAUAUAGGUGAUACCACGAAUUUAUAUGGUAUCCUGAACUAAUUUUCUCAUUCUCCGCCCACAGUGCUGAAAUAGACCAGCUGGAUAGGGUUUUGGACUACAAUAUUGCAAACAGGAAUGUAGAAAUGAAGGAAUACAUUGUUGUGAUUGUGAUGUCUCCAUAACCAAUGAGACAGCUUUCAGAUGCCAUUGGCAACAGUAGAUAUAUACAAACCAUGUGUUUGAUAUUUGUCAAUUGCAUUGCAUGAUAAUUCGUGGAUGUAAAAGGUGGACUCUAGCCCGUAUGCCUUGG